GCAGGCUCAGAGGCUAAAGGGAUAAAUAACCGCUUAACUCGAAUAAGAGGACACAAAAGUGAAGAGCCAGAUGCAAACCUGCUUUCCAGAGGAGAAGAAGAAACAAGAGAGGAGGCCUUUAAGGAGUUGAAGGUGAAGACAGUAGAGAACCAUGAAAAUUCUCAUCUCUGUCUUGCUGGGAGCCCUGUUAUUUGUGGAGUCAGCUCACUGCCUGCAGUGUCAUGCGUGUACUGUGGUCAACCAUGCUGGCGUCUGUCAGACUAAGACGUGCUCACAUGGGGAAUCUACCUGCUUCAAGGUUCUGUUAACACACUCUGCCUCUAGAGUGAAAUCCUAUGUCAAGGACUGUACCACUUCCUGUAAAGAUGUUAAAAGCUCACUUGCGAUGCUUCAAAUCCAAGGAUUUAGUGUGCAUGUGAACUGUUGUGACACUGAUCUGUGUAAUGGGGUGGAUGGGGUCAGGAGCAACCUCUGGGCCCUGGCAGGGGCACUCCUCCUCAGCCUGGGACCUGCCCUUCUCUGGUUUGGGCUCUGAGAAACUUCCUUCCUCACCAGCCUCUUCUCACUAAGCCUUCCUUCUGAUACCAAGCCCAUGAAACUGGAGCUCCCGUGCCGGUCCCACCUCAGCCCAGCCUUCAGAUUGUGAACUUUGACAUAUUUCCCAAGCCCUGGCAUCCCCAAGGAAUAGACAGGAAGCCUCUAUGUCUCUUCCCCGCUGACCCUUCUUUUCUUCCUUAUCUUUUUUGGAGGAUUCCUCCUUGGUUCCCAGCCAGUCCGUUUCUCCCUUGUUCUAACUAUGUCCCUAGGAAAGAUUUUCUUCCUUCCUUCUUUUUGCUUCAGUAUUACAGAUCUAAGGUUCCCUGGGGAGGGUUAAUUGUUAAGUUUUCUUUGAGGAGAGAAAAGGACCCUGAGUCCCAGCAAACAAGGGAGAUAAGGUGAGCUCAGGCAUCUGGGAACUGGACAGAAGACGGAAGAGAAAAAUGAAAUGACUUUGGAGACCAAAAAGUGGGACUUUAUUUUGGCAACUUGGGGAAGGAAAUUUUGCCUGGCCUCGAGGUAGGAACCAGAGGCACCAGAGAGAGAAGACAGAAUCUUAGGACACUAGAGAGAGAAGAGCUUGGGGUUGGGAAAGGAAUGGAUGCAGGGGGCUGAACAGAAACCUCUGGGGCAGACAUUUCUCUGAGCUGAACAUAGCUGAGCUCUGUCCCUGGUAUGUCUUAACCUCCCUAGCAAUUGCAUCAUAAAAUAUAAAUAAACUUAUGAAUAAAUGUAUGUCCUGAGGGUAUGUAUGUUUCAAUAAACUUAUGAAUAAAUGUA